UCUUGUUUGUGGUAUAGCAUAUGACGUAUGCAUUGCUCCUUGAUGAGAAAUUGAUCGAACAAUUAGCCGAUCUUAAGGAUGGUCGAGCAAGCGAUUAAACUAGUGUGGAGCCAUAGUUAUGAUCGAUCGGUAUAAAUCGACACGGAUAUAUAAGGAAUCUAUCGUAAUGUAUUCGUGCCGAUCGAUUUUUAUCAACAGCGUUUUAAUACAGUGCGUUACAGAAGAAGAAACGCGAUACGUAAAGGUAAAAGAAAAAUUAUCGGACUGAUCACGUCCAACAACGAAUAUGCGCACCGCGAUAGAGGAAAAAUGGUGAAAAAUAUUUCUAUUGGCGCAAGCGGGUCAUAGGAUAUCUACGAGAGACAUCUCUUUUUGAGAUGCCUUUAAAUAUAAAAAUGAAUAAAUGGGCUCCAAAAUUGACAAUCAUCUUUCAGCUGACUAUUUGGAGUACAAUUGGAAUUAUACUUCUACAAAAAGGUGUAAUUUCUCUAUGUGAAAAGACGAAAGCACAAAAUGACACAAUUAACAUGCAGGAAAAUUUCUCGAGAUGGAACAAAGCUGAAUUGUUUCGAGAAUCAAAUAUCACAGGAAAUCAUUUUAAAAUUAUGAAAUUUCAAAUUGGAGCUCGGCCAGAAGAUACCGCUAUUGAUCAUACUGGCGAUACUACAUCCAAUGGACAGUUAUCGCGCGAAUUAUAUACUUCUUCUUAUGGAACAAAUAACAUCGGCAGCGCCAUAUCUGAACCCAACUCAAUGAUUAAAAAACGAACAACGAUCUAUCGUAAACAUGAUGCUAAAGGUGUACGUUCGAUUCAAACUUCGACAGUUUAUUCAGGCAACAGAAAUGAAGUAGAGCAAGUAAAUCACAAAAUGAACGUUAUUAUUCCACUCACUUCCAAUGAGAAUCCUUACGAAACCAAAAACAUUCUAAUAAAUAAUAGCGUUAUUAACCAAAUAGACUUUGGUACUACUAAUUUGAUCAGGUUGACUGAAAGAAAUUUUUUCGAACAUGAACAUAAUGAAAAUAUUGAAAAGGAUAAGAAUGAAAAAUCGCGACGUCGUCCGGUAAAUCGAGUUGGGACGGCUAUUGCCAUAACCAUGCUUGCAAUCGGCGUCGUCAUGUUACUUAUAGGACCACUUAUAGUCAUUAUUCGUACUUUUAAUAAUAGAAGGCGAACCAGAGAAAUGUUAAAAUCAAGAUGUUACAAUGAUCGACCACCAACUUACGAAGAAGCGACAUUGAUGGAUGAAACACCGAGAUAUUCAACUCUUCAACUAGAUGCAACCAGUGAUUCUUUUUCUCCUUAAUCUCUUUCAUCCAUUAUUUACCCCUUUCUUUUCGAAUUUCAUUCUUGAUAUAUUAUGCAUUUUAUCGAUUCCAUCUAUAUUUCUCGUUUAUAUUUUUAUCUCACGAAGUAGUAAAAAUUUCUGAUGAAAUAAGUUUAUCUUGUAAUUUGUACUUAAUUAAAGACUAUAUAUAUAUAUACACAUACAUUCAUACAUAUGUAUAUAUAUAUACACAUAUUUAUGCAUAUAUAUGCAUGUAUAACAAUUUUUAAUAUA